AUGGCAUCAAUUACGGAGGGUAUCGUGAACUCGAAUCCGAGUGCCACAGGUACGUGCUGUCCAUUGUCCAGCGCCUUAUGUCUCCGGGUGCUUGUGCUUACGGUUGCCUUUUUCUUCCAUCAGCAACUCCUGGGCAUCAGCACCGUGCGGUCUACGAGUCCGGAGUCCAUCAAGUCCUCUUCCUGUUCCACGCGAUGCGCUAUCGAGACACCACCCUCCCGAGGACAGAGUAUUCGCUCUGUUCUCCGCCCUCGACAUCGACAUCCCGGUGCCAUACGGCGAGGGCUUCAGCCGUGCCUUUACCGCCUUCAAGCUGAGUGCCUCACCCGAGGGCGCGAUCGGCGGCUCCUCAUCUGGGACGACCCGCAUCCUGGUGCCCAUAAACGCACGCGAGGGAGAGGAUCAGCCGCGUCGCCGCAUAACUCGAUGCUCGCCGCAGACUACAAGUUGUUCGCCAAUGAGCGGGUGUACGGGUAUUAUUCGCGCAGUAGGAAUUACGGUGUCGGGGAUCCACAGUAUGUGCCGCCUGAAACCCUGCGCGCCCCACAUACUCCUCCCUCGCUACCGCUGAGCGAGGCUACGGACGUUGCAUGUACGAACCCCGGGUUCAACCCGCCAUUGCCAUUACUCGUGGAAGAGAAGAGCAUGGGUGAUAUUGUCGCUCUGCGAACUUGGAAGCUGAAGAUGCAGGCAGUAGCCGUGUGCGCGUCUUCCAAGCAGGAGAAUGUCAGUGGGUAUCAGAGGAGGGAGACGAGUUCUGGCGCAUCCUCGCGCGACGAUGUCAUCAUGAGUGGCAGCAACUUCGUAGUGAUGGGUUGUUUCAACUCGUUUGCAAUGUAUCUACCUACGGGAUUGGGCUCGACUCUGCCGCGACCUAGUCCUCUCUCUCCGUGUCGCCCUCAGAUCAUCAUCGCGACGUAG